AUGAUAAGAAAACAGGCCAGGGAAAGGAGAGAAUACCUAUACAGGAAAGCUUUACAGCUACAGGAAGCUUCGCUAACGGAGAAACGUCAGCGGCUCAAAGCGGCAUUAGCGCUGGGAAAACCUGUUUCGAAAGAGUUGGCAGAUGAUGACAAGUUACAACGAGAUUUCAUUUAUGACCAGAGUGUGCAAGAUCAAUUAGAAAUUGAUGACGAAUAUAGUGCUUUAUCGGGGAUUUCCGAUCCCAAAGUUAUUAUAACAACUUCGAGAGACCCAAGUAUUCGAUUAUUACAGUUUUCUAAGGAAAUUAAGCUUAUGUUCCCCAAUAGUUUAAAAUUAAACCGUGGUAACUAUAUCAUUAAUGAUUUGGUGAAAACGUGUACAAGAGUGCAAGUAUCUGAUUUAAUAGUAUUGCAUGAACACAGAGGUGUCCCAACAUCGCUAACAAUUAGCCAUUUCCCUCACGGACCAACAGCUAUAUUCACUCUACAUAACGUUAAGCUUAGACACGAUUUGCCCAAUUUGGGUAACAUUAGUGAAUCUUACCCACACUUGAUUUUCGAAAAUUUCAACAGUGCUUUGGGGAAAAGGGUGGUGAAGAUUUUGCAACAUUUAUUUCCACCUGGUGUAAAGAAGGAUUCUUCAAGGGUUAUCACUUUUGUUAACAAUGACGAUUUCAUAAGUGUGAGACAUCACGUAUAUGUGAGAACCAAAGAUAGCAUAGAAAUCAGUGAAAUAGGACCAAGGUUCGAAAUGAAAUUAUAUGAAAUUAGGUUGGGAUUGCCUGAUAAUAAGGACGCCGAUGUAGAGUGGCAAGUCAGAAGAUUCAUUCGUACUGCCAACAGGAAAAACUAUCUAUAG